AGCACCCACGUAUAAAUUCGCGAACGGCAACUCGAGCUGUGAAAAGGGGACACGACCGGUGGAUUGUUUUGAUAACGAGUGGACCGAGAUGCAUCUCCUGCACAUCCUAACGUUCGCCUGCAUCGCGGCAACAUCCCUAGCCCAAGUCUGCCAAAAUGGAGAAAUUGUUUUCCUCAUCGACCAGUCCGAGAACGCCAAGUUCGCCGCGUCCUCUAGUGAUACCCCUACAGAUAACGACAAAUUUGAUUUAUUGAGAAGUGCUCUCAACACAGCCUUGUCGGAUCAGCUGAUUGCUACGUCAAACACCUUUAGGAUCGGAGCCUUUGGCUACAGUAGCUCCGACCCCCAGACGACCGUUAUACCAAUAGGGACAACCCCAGCUAACGCAAGAAACAACCUGGAUAACCUUUUACUGAGCUCCAAUGCUGGCUCCUGGACCUUCAGAGGUCUGGAAAUGGUACAAACUACCCCAGCAUACGCCAACAACAGGCUGGUCAUCUUGUCAACUCAAGGAUCUGGGUCGGUUUCCAGAAGGACGCAGGCUCUAACUAGUUACAACAGAGUUAAAGGCCUUGGCUGGAACCCUUACGUCAUAGUUUUAAAGGGAAAGAACGAUGUCGACUACGAAGAGCUUUACUUUGGCACUGGCAGUGUUAAUGCUACCAUAACAGACCCCUUCAGCACAACAAACCCAAAGAGCUACAGGUAUCUGGCCGCAGAGCUCGCCAAGGUCAUCCUAGCCCUGUGUCCGGCAAUCAGCACCACAACCCCUACAACCACUAGCACCACCACAACAACUACCACGACGACCACCACCACAUCAACACCCCGACCACCAACACAAAAACCAACCGGAUUGUGCAGCCAGUGUCUGUUUGAGGGCGGCUACGGGUUCGACUUUGACCCCCAGUACUGCGACUCUUUCUACCAGUGCAUGCCAGACCUGACCCCCAUCAGGAAAAUGUGUCCUUCUGGAACCUUCUGGGACGGUGCUCAGUGCAACUUUAUCGACUUCGUCAAGUGCUCCUAUGCCGUGUGUAAUGCUGGGACACCAAGAGGAACGAGGUACCCCAGUGGCAGGUGCUGCAACAAGUACUUUGAGUGUGCCAACGGAAAACUCUACGAGAUGAACUGCCCAAUAGGCCAAGUUUUCAACAACGUGUCCAGACUGUGUGUUACUGUCUCCGCCGCCGAGAAGAUGGCCGCUUGUGACUUUACCGGCAGAUUCGAAUGUGAGGUCAGCAGGCAGGGACCUGUAGGGCCUGCCGCUUGUGCUGGAUACGCCCCUGACCCUGUUGGAAACCCAUGCAAGUUCAUGUUCAAUGGGGAGUCUCUGCAAGUUGCCCGUGGAACAUUCUGGAACCAAACCAAAUGUUCUCUGGACUUCUCCGCUACUGACCGUUGCUACACAACCACACUGAACGACAGAGACUACCUGGGCCCAAAUCCAGCAUCAACCUGUAACGCCGUCUUCAGCGCCAACUUCAACGGAGGCAGCAGGAGAGUCUUCAGCGAGAGGCUCAACGCCGACCUUGACGUGUACUCCUUCUCCCAGGAGGUCGCCUACAGCAACGAUGCCCUGACCUUCACCUCUAGCAUGGUCAAGCCCUUCACCUAUUACUAUUACUUCAACAACAUGGACAUGGGCCUCAAUGUGGCUUUCAGGAUCCGAUUCAGACUGGAUAACCCCGAGUUCAACAAGGAGUACGACAUCCUCUCCAACAACUACUGCGCCCUGUGUCCUGACACCAUCCGUUUCUCCGUGGCCGCUACGUCAUCAACCAACCGUGUCGUCACCGCCAUGUUUGUCACCACUGACCUCACGACCAUCACCACCUCCGCGCUAAUGGACAAAAGGAACGCCAACGAAAUCAUGGAACUGAUCGUCAUCUUCGGCAGCACCGCCGUCUACGGACAGGUCAACUCCUUGACCUCCUCCAACACCGUCUCGCAGACUGCCAACUUCAACAGGAUCUCCAAAUCAGAGACAGCCCGUAUCGCUGUCAACAAAUGUGGUAUCCAGCUCGGUAGAGGUCCCAACAACCACUUCAUUGGCAUCAUCGAUGACUUUGCCGUCUAUCAGAACUGCAAAGACAUCAACACUGUCCUCCGAUAAAUCCCAGUAUCUACUUCAAGCCUAAAACCUUUGUAACUAACUUCUAACUUAUUAACCCAAACCUUCCCAUGAGAAAUAUUUACAGUCAGGAGAUGUCAACCAAACUCUAAGCUGAUGUGCCAUGAAAUGUUGUUUGAAGUGAGUGUUGUUGUUGUUGAACAGCGGUGAGGAAUGACGUCAAUGGUAUAAAAAAUUGGAAUAUCCGAUGUGUCGGUUUUAUUUUAUUAUCAAGAGAACAAAAUUAAAAUGAAAAAUAUUUCAUUUAAA